AUGUCAUUAUGGGAAACAAAUAAGCCAGCAAUACUAAGAGGCGCCAUUUCUCCACUUAGUCAUUUCACAUGGUUGCGGGUAAUGCCAUUUCAAUCGCUGAAAGCUUGGUUCUUUCACUUCUUUCCAUACUUGGCUAUUUUUGUUGUUUACGUCGACCUUCAUUUCCUUACUCCUACAACUCGACGUAAGCAAGGAUCGUCACAUCAUAUCCUACCGCAAGAAUUAUCUUGCGACCUCUCGUUGCAAAAUUGUCAUGUGAUAUCCCGUCGCAACCUUUGCCUCUUCUAUGUUCUCCGACACUUGCGUUCCGCUCAUUAUCGAUUCGUUCUUGUGGCUUCAUCGUAUGUCGCUCUCUCUAUCUACUACAUUCUUCAUCCUCGCCUCUAUAACAGGCAGGUAAAAAGGCAAUCCUCUGUGGUGGACCGGAACAAUCCGGUUCGAGCUGGUUCGCAAACCGGUUGCAUAGUCGACAGCCAUCGUUUGGAGCAGGAAGGGAAAUUGGGUAGCCAUCCACAGCUCGUCCAUCGACGUAUGUGUGCAUGUGCGUUUUUUGUAAUACGCGGGUAUAUGGAAACACAUAGACGCAUGAAUGCAUCUCACAAUGAUGAUAUAGCAAAUCACCAACAGGAUGAGUUAAUUUGGAUGAGUGAUAUGGUUACAUGCUGA